GGUAGGUGCAAACUCGGGUCUAAACCCGACCCAUAAAGGAUUUUCCUUUAAAUUCCGAGAAAGUCUCAGAAAAUUGAAUUUGAUGGAGCGCAGAGAGAAUCAAACUCCCCAAGGCCAGACAGCUCAAGUUUUGGUUGAGUUUUUGGAAGUGGCUAUCACUGCUGUUGUUUUUCUCAAAGGGGUUUAUCCUUCUGGUGCCUUUGAGAGGAGAAGGUAUAUGAACUUGGUGGUUCAAAGGGCUUGCCAUCCUCAGCUUAGAUAUUACAUUCAUGCUACUGUUUCAGGACUUCUUCCCUUUCUACAAAAGGGAAUAGUGGAAAGGGUGGCUGUUAUUUUCUUUAAUUCUGGCAAUGUUCCACUUGAGAAAUUUGUUUUCAAGCUUGCGAUGAACCAGUCAUAUGGUUCAGCAGUGGAAGAGGUUGAUCUCGAGUCCUCUCUCAGAUCAUUCCUGAUCAAGCUGUCAAUCUCAGAAUCUCUUACGAAGGAGCUUCCUCCUGAUUGCAGGUGGGAGAUCACUGCUUACUUUCGAUCCCUUCCUGAGACUGGUACAAACAAGGAAGCAGACUUAUGGAUCCCAACUGACACGAAGCAGUGGCAGCAGCCUCCACUUAUAACCCCUAUCAAGUCAAUGAGUUGUGAACCUCUGUGUUUGCAGUUGUACUUGGAACAUCCAUGCUUACCCGAAUCAACUAUUUGAGAAGUGUCACUUGAAGAUAUGUACAUAUAUAAACAUGUAUGGAAGUCCGAGGGCAUCAUACACCAAUUGAGUUGUCCACAUACACCCAAACAAAAUGGGGUAAAUGAAAGGAAACAUAGGCAUACUGUGGAUAGAGCUCGCACUUUAUUGAUGAAUGCUAAUGCACCUUUAAAAUUUUGGGGUGAUGCUUUGAUAAAUCGGAUGUCAUCUAUUUUUGACAAUAAGAUCCCUGAUUCCAUGUUGUAUCCUAGGGAAUCUUCCUCCUCAUGUUUUUGGUUGUAUAUUUUUUGUUCAUGAUUUUUCUCCAGGUGUCCCCUCGGGCUAUCAAAUGUGUCUUUUAUGGCUACUCUUGUGUCCAAAAGGGGUAUAGGUGUUAGUGUCAUACUAUGUAUCGGUUCUACAUCUCCGCGGAUGUUACCUUCUUUUAAAUCACAUCUUAUUUUGUCACAACUGUUCCACAUGAACUUAGGUAUUGUUCCUCCAAUUUCACAUGUCCUCAAGUGUCUACACCUUCCCAAGCUGACAUCUCUACUAUAUUAGCACCAAAUCGUGAGAUAUGGUAUUAUUUAAGUUAUGAGGGUCAUCCACAACAUGCAGUACCGGGUUCAGUAGAUUAGCCUAGAGACUCAGUUCCUUCAACAAGUGAGCCUUGCGAUUCAAUUUGUGUUCCGGCCACCUCUCUUGCCCCGGCUCCUACUGACUUGCCCAUUACACUCUGGGAAGGUAGUCGUGCACUCGUGCUAAUUGUAAUCCUCAUCCUAUACUAUGUAAAUUGGCCAUUGUUUUAGUUGGAUAUAAAAAAAUGUCUUACAUGGUGACGUAGAAUAGAUCUAUUUAGAGCAACCACAUGGGUUCAUUGCUCAAGGGGAGUCAGGGCUAGUUUGUAAACAACAAAAGUCCUUGUAUGGUCUAAACAAUAAUCUCGAGCUUGGUUUGGUCGGCUUAGGGAGGUUAUUCUGCAGUUUAGACUAAUCCGUUGCAAAGCAGAUCAUUCGGCUUUCUUUAGAUGCUCACCAUAAAAUAGAUAUAUUUAUCUUGUGGACUUGUGGUUUAUGUGGAUGACAUUGUGAUUAUAGUUGAUGAUAUAGAGGCCAUCUAGGCUCUCGAACAACACUUAUUUCAACAUUUUCAGACUAAGGAUCUUGACCUCCACGUUACUUGAGAUUGAGGUAGCUCAAUCAAAGUCGGGCAUUUCUAUUUUCCAAAGAAAGCAUGUACAUAGUAUUCUAGAAGAAACAUGCCUUCUUAAUUGCAAGCCUGUAGAUACUCCCAGAGAUCUUAAUUUGAAGCAUCUUUCCAACUAGGGGAACCUUAUUGAUAUAAGAGAUUAGUAGGACUUGAAUUUGAUAAAAUAUAUCUAUAUUUCAUUGAUAAUACGUGACUGAAAACUACAAUAUAUAUAGACUAACAAAUAGAUAAAAAGAAACUAAAUCUAUCUAAACCUAUCUCUAAUUAAAUAGAUAUCAUCUCUAUUUAAAUAGAUACUAAUGUAAAAUAGAUAAACAAAUCUUAACUAUAUCUCUAUGAGAUAAGACUAAUAAUAAACUAAAUCUUAACAGAUAUUCAACACUCCCCCUCAAGCUAAAGCUUACUUAGCUUUAAGCUUGUAACAAAUCUAACCCAAGAAGAAAAUUAUCUUAAUAGAUAUCCUUAAUAAUGACGGUCUUGGCGAAUCUCUGAAUUGAAUAACCUUUCAAACUUCUAGUAAAUUCAUGGGCAGGCAAAAGACAACUUCUCAUACUUGAUCUGGCUGAAACUGAUGCAAGACAAAAACCAAUUCUUCUGGAGUGUCGUAGGGUAGCUGAGCCAGCAAACAAGGGCGAAAAACCAGCAACAAUAUGCCCGAAAACAAAACAAGGCUGAAACAACAACUCACCAACAACAACCACACAGAAAUAAAACACACUUGAGGUCAAUCGAUUGAUGGCUUCUAAGACAAACAAUGGUGUCAACUUUGACACAGACAACUCUCAAACAUUAGAGAGUGGGCCAGCGCAACUCGCAGCUGAAGCCCUAAAACCAAAACCAAUAACUCUCAACUAGAGAGUGGGUCAGCGCAACUCGCAGCUGAAGCCCUAAAACCAGAAAACCAAACAAUCGAGACUAAACAAACGAAGGUGACAUUGUCACCUUCAAAACCAAAUUGCAUAAAGUCAGCCAAGAUCAAUAUAAUAAGAGCAUCUCGAACCAUGAGACACAAACUAAGAUCUCAAACAGCAAGAAACAUCGCUCGCAGAUGAGAAAAACACACCAGACCCAUGAACCAAACUGGAAGAGGAAGACUGGACGACCAUUAACGGUGGCGCCACAACACACGUCAAAUAGAAGACCUUAAAAUUCAAAUCUGGCCGAAACACAAAUAGGACCAGCGAGAACAAUGCAGCGGAGCAAUACAAUUAGAUUCAACCUGAUGCUUCUGCCUCUCCCAAAAACAUUAGCACAAACUGGAUUAUGGAGAAAUAGGAAAGCAAAGGAACGAUUGUUGGAUACUCCAAAACACGCUGCUAUUAAACAAUCACCAUAGAAGCAUCAUUCUUGGAUACAACCUCCACCAAACCAGCAACAAGGAUAACGAUUGUCGGCGGUGGUUGACUGUGGUCUCUAUUAGGAUAUUUAGCAAUAUCCAACACUUCCCCUCAAGCUAUAGCAUACAUGUCAUAUGCAUAGCUUGUAACAAAUAUAAUUAAGAUUUAACAAUAUCCAGAUCCUCCCCUCAAGCUAGAGCAUAUAUGUCAUAUGCAUAGCUUGUAACAAAUAUAAUUAACUUGAGAAGCCGCUGCUGCCGGAGAGAGAAAUUCCCAAAAACAAUCCAAAAAUCUUUUCCAACUCUAAAACCACAACUAUGCCAACCAAAACCAUGGGAAUAUGCUAGACCCUCCAGCCGUAUUGGGAACUUGACAUCACAUGAGCCAACAAUGUUCUGAUUCUUCUGAAUCUUGAAAUCCUUAUAUUUGUGAAACUUUUUUUUUUUUUCGUGAAGGUAGCAGCCCAUGAUGCAAUUCCCAUUAGCCAGCUUCCAAUGGAAUUGAAAAUUCCAAACUCAAAAUACCACACUUGCCAAAUCCAAUAACAGUCGUAAUGUGGCAUAUGGUUGCAUAGCCACAAUUUCAAGAAAAACGCUUCCAGAUCUGAAAGCAAAACCAGAUGAGUCGUCAUUGGCGGCAGCGACGGUCAGUGGUGGCAGGAGGCGAUCCAAAAAAGAGCAAAGGACACCGAAUUCCUCUUUAGCAGGUGAUCUUCAAAACGCAUCAGCCAUGGAGAAGAUAGAAAAAACAACCAGAAAUCAAAGAGGGGUUGACUAACCAGCGUGAACAGUGCACAAUGAGGAGAUGUCAAAGUAGGCCCAAAACAUAGGGCCCAAAAACCAAAUAGCGGAGAGAGACAUCACGAAAGCAACUACGGUUUCAAGACAAAGGGGAGUGUAUUUUAGAAAGAACGAGGCCGUAAGAAAACGGCUAGAGUUAACAAGCGCGGAAGCAGAGUACGAAAAAUAUAUCCAAAGAGAUUUGGAAAGUAGCCAUGAGGGGGCUCACGGGGGAGGAGCCCCUCACAGCGGUAGGAUCGAAACUUGCUCUGAUACCAACUUGAAUUUGAUAAAAUAUAUCUAUAUUUCAUUGAUAAUACGUGACUGAAAACUACAAAAUAUAUAGACUAACAAAUAGAUAAAAAGAAACUAAAUCUAUCUAAACCUAUCUCUAAUUAAAUAGAUAUCAUCUCUAUUUAAAUAGAUACUAAUGUAAAAUAGAUAAACUAAUCUUAACUAUAUUUCUAUGAGAUAAGACUAAUAAUAAACUAAAUCUUAACAGAUAUUCAACAGUAGGAAAGCUGAGUAAUCUCACAAUGACCAGCUAAAUAUAUAUAUCGUUUUCUGUUAGUGCUGUUGGUCAAUUGUUAAACUGUCUCUGUAGGAGUCAUUGGCAGGUUAUUGUACAGAUCCUUCAAUACAGCAAAGGGUCACUUGGCAAAGGAGUUGUUUAUACUAAUAGAAGACAUACUAGCAUUAUUAGAUAUUCAGAUGCAGAUUGGGCAGGUGAUCCAGGUGAUAGGAGAUUCACCUCAAGUUAAUAUGAAUUAUUAAUGCACCUAUAAUACGCAGUAGAAGAAUGUCACCAAUAACUAUUUCUUUAUAUGAUGAAUCUUAGCUUCAGGGGUACUGUAUUGUCUAGUAUCUAAAUAGCUUGUGCCAGCUAAGACUAUAUUUUCCUUGGCUAGUACAGUUUGAAGGAUGCAUUCCUUAUUUCAGUUGAUACAUUUAGGGGGGUCAAUUUAUAAUUUCUAUGCUGGGCCAGUUGGCUCAAGGUUGUAACCUGAAUUGUCAAUAAAUUUAAUAUAAUAAUGCUCCCAAGGCUAACAUCUCAUAUUACUUGUUUCUUGGUACAGUUAAGUAGAAUUAUGUUCGGAUCCAAUUGCAAGGUAUGAUACUUGAUUCCCACAUUGGAAAUAUGGGACUUUAGUGUAUGGUUUAUAAGUCCGAGCUCUCCAACUACAAGGACUAGCUUUUGUUGUAUGGUUCGCCAAAGUUCUUAAUCGGUCCUACGCCACACAUUUUUGUGGCUAAGAGACAUGGUAGAAGGUUCUGAUACCAAUUGAUAUGGUGGCGCAGGCAUUGUAGUGUUUUCCAUUAGGGUCAUUUUGACAGGAGUAUGCAACCUUUUGAACAACCCUGAAAGCAAAUCAAGAUUUUCAACAUACUCCUUUAUGUUAUUUAAAACGUUUGGAUAUAGACAUCUACUACUAGCUGUUUGUCCACAUUCUGAAGCUACUUUUGUGAUUAGACAGUAACAUUGAAUUAUCUCAUUACACAUUCAAUGGUCAUUUUUGGUGGACUAGUGGUUGGAAAACAUGUUCUGAAUCUGUGGAAAUAUGAAAAUAACUUUUCUACAAGCACGAGUGGUCUGUAUUAAACUCUUCCCAAAUGAAAAGUUGCUUACUUUUGAAGGUGGGAGAGAGAAUUGAAGAUUGUGAUAAUGCAGUUUAUGGACAGAGUAAAAGCAUCAUGAUUAAUGUUGUCUGUUUCAUUGGGUCCUAUAUAUUGGUGUUAUGAGGGAGCUACCUGAGCCACUUUUCCAUGCUCAUUGGAUGACAUUAUUGCACCUCAUUUUCGAGGAUGCUGACUUGUGAUCAAUGUAAUGUAGUCUUCUUUUCUUCUUUAUUUAUUUAAGUGGAGAAUCAUAGAUAAUGGCCAUGUAGAUGUACUAAUCUUUUUCCACAAACACAAGUUUGGUAAGUGGUGAUGAUAUAAAACUGUAAUGACUUUCAUCUUCAGGUUAUGAAAGAUCCCUAUGACCAAGCUUAAGUUUAGUUAA